CAGCUGCGGAUGGGAAUUCUUGGUGCUGCUCUGAGGACGGGAUUUACCGAAAUUACGAGGAGAAUGGCAACGCUUGUGUCUCUGAGGAAUGGGCAGAAGAUGCCGCAAUUGGGCUUGGGAACGUAUUUGGCACUCAAGGGCGAGUGUGAGGAUGCCACAAAGUAUGCCAUCGACAUUGGGUAUCGCCAUCUGGACACUGCCUUUUCCUACAACAACGAAAAUGAGGUGGGAAAGGCAAUAAAUGCGAAAAUUGCUGAGGGAGUCGUGAAGCGUGAGGACAUCUUCCUGGUCACGAAGCUGAGCGCCAUCCACCACGAUCCUGAGCAUGUGGAGAGAGCCUGUCGCAUGUCUCUGCGCAACCUGGGACUGGACUACAUCGAUCUGUAUCUCAUGCAUACACCCUUUGGCAUGGAAUUCCACGGGGAUGAGGACACAGCGCCCAAGAACAGUGCCGGAGAAAUGCUAUUCAGCAACACAGACUAUUUGGACACGUGGAGGGCGAUGGAGCCUCUGGUGGAAAAGGGUUUGGUGCGGAGCAUUGGCGUGUCCAACUUCAGCAGCCACCAAUUGACUCGCCUCCUGGCGAAUUGCUCAGUGAAGCCGGUGGCGAAUCAGGUUGAAUGCAAUCCGGGCAUCAAUCAAGCGCCACUGAGGACAUACUGUGCCAAGAAUGACAUCGCUUUGAUCGCAUUCAGUCCCCUGGGCAGGCCUCAUUAUGCCGCGAAGGAUCCCAAGUUCCCCAAACCAGCGCUUUUGGACGACAGAGUGAUAGCCAUGGCGAAGAAGUAUGGCAAGACACCCGGACAGAUUGUCUUGCGCUUCCUGGUGCAACUGGGCACAACUCCUGUGCCCAAAUCCUCCAACAAGGAGCGAAUGAAGGACAAUCUUGAGAUCUUCGACUUCGAACUGAGUCCCGAGGAUCUCUGCGUUAUGCAAUCCUUCAAUACUGGUGAGAGAACGUGUCCCUUCACAGCCUUCACCACCCACAAAUACUUUCCUUUCCACGAGGAGUUCUGAACUCCCGGAAUUAGGGAGUUCAAAAGCGCAUUUUAAAGUUUUGGUGAGACAAAGGAAUCAUGGGAGUAGAUUUCUGUAUCAAUAAAUGCUUAUUG